AUGAGCCUUACCACGGGGACAGAGUUAGACAGGGACUAUAGGAUCCUUCAGAUGGCCGGACAAGGCGCCUUCGGGACAGUUUACAAAGCAGAGGCCGUGACCACGAGGGAGCUGGUGGCCAUCAAGCAGUUAGAUUACUCUGACUUCAGUGACUCCGAACGCGACGCCAUGCGCCAAGAACUUGAUGUAAUGCCUCUUCUGUCCCAUCCACACAUCGUCAACUACAAGGCCGUAGUCAUGGACACCAGAAACCAAAGAGCAUAUAUCGUUAUGGAGUUCUGCGAGGGCGGUGAGCUCUCCGAGUUUAUUAGAAUGCACAAGAACAAGAGGACGAAAAUCCAUGAAGAGAUCAUUUGGAAAUUCAUUGCUCAAUUGGCGUCUGCUCUCAACUACAUGCACAGUCCCUUCAAAAAGAACUCCACGGUCUCGGGGAAGAUCAUGCAUAGAGACCUGAAACCGCAGAACAUAAUGCUGACGAAGACAGGGGACUGCAAGAUCUGCGACUUUAAUAUGUGCCGCUCUGUGCAAACAGCCCGCGCCAAGACUCUGGCCGGGACUUUAGCGUACCUUGCCCCCGAUGUCUGCUCGAAUGUCGGCUAUACCGAGAAAGCUGACAUGUGGUCUCUCGGAUGUAUCAUUUAUCAGAUGUGCGAGUACUCUCUUCCCUUUUAUUGGAACGGCAUUGAAGAUAUCCAUAAAGAUCUGAAGGACAUACAGUAUAAACCCAUAAGCUCAGACUAUAGCAAUGACAUGAAGGGGGUUGUUAGCUCUCUUCUGGUCCUGGAUCCUGCUCUUAGAUACUCUGCCAGCGACCUUUUGAGCCAUCCCCGAGUCUCCAGGUACUUACCUGAUCAGACAGCCCCCAGUCAGCAGCAUGCACACCGCUCCCCACCUAUUAUCGCUGCACCACCGCCAAUCUCGGAUAUAAUGGCUCCGUGCCCAAUUUAUGAAUCUGAUAGCCCUGCUCCUGCGCCGGUGCUUAACAUACACCCCCCACCGCCCAAUCCCAGUGCCUUCUGUGGUCCCGGAAGCGUGGGACACCAGCAUCCCAGCUACAAGCCGCCCACCAAGCAGCAAGCUCCUGUUGUCACGGGGCCCAGAAGCCUACAGAAUGCAGGGGUGAUCAAAACUCCUGCAUAUAAACCACCGAAACGCCUCUAA